CAAUCACAUAUCUCCAGUCUGCCUCUGUUCUUCACUGAGGCAAGAGGAGACGCUAGUGGACUCGGGGGCUAAGGAUACCGAGCUAAGUGCCGAAGACCAUUGAGAAUCUGGGAGUGAAACAGUCAGACCAGUACAAAAAGAAACUGGGCUGAGUCUAAAAACUUCAACUUUCCUUACAGACCAGAGACUGCACCAUGCAGUUUAUCAGCAGGAGAAAGAAGUUCAAUACCAACCCUCAGGCGGAGCUCUAUGGACUUCCUCUACAGUUCUAUGGGCAGCCUCCUCUUGAGAACAUCUCUCUCAGCGAAUUUGAGACGUUUGCCGUGGAGAGACUGAAAUUGUUGAAGACCACUGAGAAUUUGGGAGUGAGCUAUGUGAAACAGUCAGACCAGUACACAAAUAAAAUGGAGAGUGAGUUAAGAAACCUCAACUUUCCUUACAGACCAGAUGCGGAUGACAGAAAAGUUGUGCAAGGACCAACAGAAUACGAGAAACGAAGAAAGGACCAUAUCUCUCACUUCAUUCUCAGACUCGCCUACUGCCAAACGGAGGAUCUAAGGAGAUGGUUUAUACAACAGGAAGUUGAUCUGUUUCGCCACCGCUUCAAUGACCUGCAAGCACCACAAAAGCUUGAAUUUCUGCACAGAAAUAAUCUGCAAUAUGAAACGACUAGUGUCGAAGAGAAGAUGGCUCUGAAGCAUGAACUUCUCAACUCCAGUAACACCGUCAGUGGAAUCACUGUGGAGGGUCAGGACUUCUACAAAGUUCCUUUUCAAGAUGCCCUGGAUCUAGUGCGAACAAGAAAAGUGUACCUCAAAGCAGGCUAUGUGUACAUCCCACACCAGGACAUCGUCACGAUUGUUCUCAAUGAUUUCCGUACAAGACUGUCUAAAGCACUUGCAUUGACGGCCCGCUCACUACCAGCAGUGCAUUCUGAUGAACGGCUCCAACCUCUCCUUAACCACCUCAGUCAUGCCUAUGUGGGACAAGAUUACAGCAUCCAGAAGAAUGUUGGAAAAAUCUCCUUGGAACAAAUUGAUUCACUUUCAGGGAAGUCGUACCCACUGUGUAUGAGGCAGCUCCACCAGGCCCUGAGAGAGAACCACCAUCUCCGCCACGGUGGCCGUAUGCAGUACGGCCUCUUCCUCAAAGGUAUCGGCCUCUCUCUGGAGCAGGCGCUGCAGUUCUGGAGGUCGGAGUUCGUGAGGGGAAAAGUGGAUGCAGACAAGUUUGACAAAGCAUAUGCCUACAGCAUCCGCCACAUGUUUGGCAAAGAAGGCAAGCGAACAGACUACACCCCCUACAGUUGCAUGAAGGUGAUUUUGUCAAACGCACCCAGCCAAGGCGACCAUCAUGGAUGUCCGUUCCGUCACAGUGACCCAGAGCUGCUGAAGCAGAAGCUUCAGUUCUACAAGGUGUCUCCCAGUGGAAUCAGUCAGAUCCUGGAGCUGGUUAAAGGGAUGCACUAUCAGCUGGCGUGCCAGAAGUACUUUGAGCUGACACACAAUAUUGAGGACUCCAAUUUCUCGCUCAGUCACCCCAACCAGUACUUUGUAGAGAGCCAGAGAAUUUUGGGCGGAGGCAAGGACAUAAAGCGAGAGACGGACACUCCGAAGAGGCCGCAGGAAAACUCUGUUGCCAAAGGACCCACCACAGCUCGCGAGACAUCAGCAAACGCCUCCCAGGAUUUGCCCGAGAUGCAAGAGGAUCUAGACUCUUUCUUUCAAGAUGCCUAAUUUUUUUUUUUUUUUAAAUACUUUUAUACAUGUAGAAAUAAAUGUUUGUUUGUUUUUUCUAUGGGGGGCUGAAGCUGGGGAAUCGUCCAUAUUCUGAGUUUUUAAAGCUAUCUGGUAUGAUUGAUAACUAUUAAAGUUGCCUAUCAGUAAUCUCGUAAUGAUUUGUUAGUCGUUAGUCUGUUCUCAAUAUAGACUGAGUUAACCUUGAUGGAACAUUAUUCUAACCUCAACAUCAGACCAAAGCUGAGUUUUCUACCUUAUAAAAUUCUUUGUUAAUAUGUGACACUGCAUGAUUCAUUUUGCUGUUUAACCCAGGUGUUAAAAGUUCCCUGUCUUUGUUUUCACUCCGAUCUGAACUCACACAGCUUAUACCCAGUCUCAGUGCACAGUGUUUUGGCAAGGAUGUGGUUUUGGGCUGAUGACUAGAACAUUUCCCAGCUGUCUCAGAAACAAUGUCAUUGUAUUAGCUGGCAGGAGUGUGGAUAAAUGGUGGCAGGAGGGUGGAUGAAAAUAAACAAUUUUCACAGUUGUA